CGCUUGGCAAUCGCUGAAAAAGCCCUGGAGUGUGAGGAGCACGAUGUAAACCUGCCGCUGAGCGAGCACAACGAGCCGUGGUUCAUGCGCCUGAAUUCCUCUGGGGAAGUCCCUGUCCUGAUCCAUGGGGAAAACAUCAUUUGUGAGGCAACGCAGAUUAUCGAUUACCUUGAAGCAACGUUUGUGGAUGAGGAAGUACCAAGAUUAAUGCCAGAAGAAGGAAGCAUGUAUUAUCCAAGGGUGCAACACUAUAGAGAGCUUUUAGACUCCUUGCCUAUGGAUGCCUACACACAUGGCUGCAUCCUGCACCCCGAGCUGACGGUGGACUCCAUGAUUCCAGCCUAUGCUACCAGCAGAAUUCGUAGCCAAAUAAGUAACACAGAAUCAGAGUUGAAGAAACUUGCAGAAGAGAAUCCAGACCUUCAAGAUGCCUAUAUAGCAAAACAGAAGCGCCUUAAAUCUAAACUGCUGGAUCAUGAUAAUAUAAAAUAUCUAAAGAAAAUACUGGAUGAACUGGAAAAAGUUUUGGAUCAGGUUGAGACCGAAUUGCAGCGGCGAAACGAAGAAACACCAGAAGAUGAAAAUCAGCCUUGGCUCUGUGGGGAUUUCUUCAGCCUGGCAGAUGUAUCACUUGCUGUCACUUUACAUCGCCUGAAGUUUCUGGGAUUAGCAAGAAGAAACUGGGGAAACGGAAAGCGGCCCAACUUGGAAGCCUAUUAUGAGCGUGUCCUAAAGAGGAAAGCAUUUUACAAAGUUUUAGGACAUGUCAACAAUAUAUUAAUCUCUGCUGUUCUGCCAACAGCUUUCCGUGUGGCCAAGAAAAGGGCACCCAGAGUCCUUGGCACCACCCUGGUGGUCAGUGUGCUGGCAGGAAUGGGUUAUCUUGCUUUCAUGUGUCUUCGAAAGAGGUUGGGCAACAUCAUGUUGUCAUUUAGAACCAGGCAAAAUUAUAUUUAG